AUGCCGUCCACCUGGCUCUCCGACACGGAGAUAAUUCCUCCGUAUAGCUUUCUAGACGACUACAGUGAAGGAGCCCAUCCUCAACUUUUAGAAGCUCUACUGCGCACAAAUACCACCCAGCAAAUCUCCUACGGGAAUGACGCAUACAGCAAUGAGGCACGCCAAUUGAUUCAAUCCAAGCUCAAUGCUACCGAUGACGAAGUCUCCAUUCACUUUGUUCCCAGUGGAACCUCUGCCAACCUCAUUUGCAUUGCAAGCUGUCUGCGGCCAUACGAGGCCGUUUUAACGGUUGACUCUGGUCACAUUGUCAGCAAGGAGGCCGGUGCAAUAGAGGCAACUGGGCAUAAGACAAUUAUUGUCCCCGGGAGCAGGGGCAAAAUGACACCGCAGAAUCUAGAGCGGGUUGUGCGUCAGAACCAGUUCUUUCCGCACUCCGCGAAACCCCGCCUGGUGUAUAUCUCCAAUGCAACUGAGUUGGGGACAAUAUACACCAAAGCAGAGCUCCAGGGGAUCUCAGCCACGUGUCGACGGCUAGGCUUGCUGUUGUUGAUGGAUGGAGCGCGCAUUGGGGUGGCACUGAGUGCACCUUCCAAUGAUCUUACUUUACGGGACCUCAUUGAUUUGACGGAUAUUUUCUGGAUCGGGGGAACCAAAAUGGGGGCCUUGCUGGGCGAGGCCAUAGUGGUCCGCAGUCACCUCGCUGAGGAUUUUAUCUUCCAUCUUAAGCAGCAUGGAGCCUUGCUGGCCAAGACUCGCAUUAUGGGCGUGCAAUUUGCGGAGCUUUUCCGGAACGAUCUCUUCUUUGAGCUGGCGCGGCAUGCAACGGAGAUGGCACAGACUAUCUCUGCGAACUUUGAGGCUCUAGGGUACGAGUUGGCGGCUCCCACCGAAACGAAUCAAGUGUUUGUCAUUCUACCAACUCGGCUGAUUCGGUCGCUGGAGGAGCGUUUCCGGUUUUAUGUCUGGGAUCCAUUGGACGAGGAGAGGGCAGUAGUUCGCAUUGUUACCUCAUGGGCGACGGAUCGGUUACAGGUGGAGAAGUUCAAUGCAUGGGUUAAACAGGGAACGACGUGA